AUGUCAGAGCCCGAGCCAUCCGCUGGACAUGAGUCCUCUGACCGCCAGGUGUCCAGUCCGAUACAACGGCUUCCCCGAGAGCUAGUUGUGGAUGUCCUGGAACACCUCAGGCCAUCUGGGUCCCUCACCACUGUGGAAUCCAACUGUCACUUUCCCGAGGUUGAAAAGACAUUCUUCACUUCGAGGUCGUCAUUUGCUAGUCUCUGCCUUACUUCGAAAUGGAUACACUCGCUUGCCAUCGGGUACCUCUAUCGAACAGUCGUUCUGGCGAGCAACUUGGAGCUGCUACGCUUCUUCCGCACCAUCAGCAACAACACCAAUCUUCGUUCGAUGCUCACUUCUUUUGCCUGGCCCGUGAUUCUGGGGAUCGACGAAGUCGAGUUCGACGGCUGGGACGUAUUUGUUACCGAAGUAUAUCCUGCUCUCGACCCCGAAUGCUGGGCAUCGAUCGCGUGGGACAAUCAAGAAGAUGAGAAGAACUACAAGAGGAUGGGGCUCAGGAGCUCCAAAGCGGCGUACUGGCAGGUACUGGGGGCGAUCUUUGCCACGGCCCCCAAUAUCAAGUCCAUCUUCGUGUUUUACCCGAACCAUCGAAUUGGCAUGAUGCCUUGCUAUCCCGGGUAUGAAAUGUUCAUGGCGCUCUUCACUCCUCCUGAGGUUCCCGGAACGGCUCUCCAACAGCUGCGGACCAUCACACUAGAGCCGUGGCCGGGAAGUCCAUCACAUUUCAUUACGAAAAGCCUGGUUGCGCUACUGCUCAACUCACCGAUCCAUCGAGUCGAGAUAAAAUUCCGUCAUUGUAUGACCGAAUUUCAGGAGGCUGCUACAGAAUGGGAAAUACCUAGUUUCUCUACAGCGUCUGUGAGGGAGCUGUUUCUCAUCGAUGUUUGGUCCCAUCCAGAGGAACUCGUCCUCGUCAAAAAGAUAUUUCCGAACCUCACAUCCCUUGAACUCGAUUACGAAUCCGACUAUACUCCCUUAGAGAAGGGCGCAAUCGACGGCUUAUCCGAGGGUCUCCUCAGCCUUUCGGGAAGUUUGGAACGGCUGUCUCCCACGAGUUAUUCACUUGAGAGACCCAAUCCAGAAGGCGCAGAACCAAUAUUGCCCCAUCUAGGAGACAUGAGACUUUUUAGGACCAAGGAUAUAAACAAGGAGCUAGAAAGACUCGACACUCUUCCCCCGACGCUCAUAUCUCUUCGCCUUCUCGAUCACAGCCGCCAUGAUUCCUGGGAAGCUGAGACCGUCUACGACCAAGCUCUCACAAGGCUCGAGGAGAACUGCACACUCCGACUUCGCAACCUCAAGUCCGUGGCAUUGGUUUUGGGUGAAAACUACUUUGAUAAGAAUGUGGCGACCUUGACUGCCAAGUUCACGAAACCAUUUGCGCUCCGUGAUGUCGAAUUCCGUGUCAUCACAACUGAGAUGUCGAGGGGGGAAACCUUUACAUCGUGGGCGAAUAUCGAUUCAGUCAAUAAAUGA